GCACAGACAGGUCGGCCACGACCUCGCACUCUUGUCAAUAAACGCGUGGCACAGAGCUCGCAAUCAGCCAGAGUAACAGCGCCGAGAAGAAGUAUGUUCUUCGCGUAAGUUUCGCGACUCUCUCUCCAGCGGCAGCGCGAUUUUUAGUAGCUAUCCUCGGUCGGUUUACUUUUUUAAACAGUGCUUCUUGUACUUCUUCUGCAGUUAGUUCUUCUCUUUCGACGAUUCGUUUUCGACACCGCUUUAUCGUACUCCGCGACUCUCCAAAAAGGUGUCGAGUUUUUCGGAGCAGAGGACCACAGCACGAGGAAGAGAGGGAAUGGAACUCAAGAGCAAGGGACGACUUAGUACAUUUGUGCUAUUUAUCUUUAUUCAGAAUGUACAUCAUAUUCAAGGAACUAUAACGGGCGAUUUAAUAGGAUGUGGAAGAGAAGGAACCCCAGUGGAGGUGGAUAUAUUAACUCCGAAUUGCUUCUCGUGUAUGUGUGUCCAUGGUUUCGUCCAAUGUAAAUCAAAAUGUGAACCGAUCGAUGGAUGUUAUGCAUUGGAAAAGACUGCAAAUUCAUGCUGCCCGAAAUGCAAAGGAUGCAUGUACGAAGGGAUUUACUAUGCCAGCAAUACAGAGUGGAAGGAUCCAAACAAUCCUUGUAUGGUGUAUCACUGUCACGCCGGUGUUGUCACGCAGAUCGAGGUGCAAUGUAGGACACCGUGCAAAAAUCCAUCACCUCCAAAACCAGGACAAUGUUGUGGAACCUGUCCUGAUUGUCCAAAACUCAAGAAUCAUAGAGGAUUAUCAGGUCGUCAAAUAAUGUUAUCGGAUCCUUGUCUAAAAUGUCCUUGCAGUCAAUCAAGUGGAAUGAUGAUGUGCACAAAGAAAGCGUGCCCUGUUUUGGAUUGUCCCGAAUCUAAAUUGUGGCGUAACGAAGGCGAAUGUUGUCCAAAAUGCUCCGGCAAAAACGAAGUAACCUCGUUUCCGGUCCCCAACACUUGUUUAGCAUUCAAAAAAUUUUUUAAAGAAGACGAAACUAUUGUCUUGGAUCAUUGCACGAAAUGUACGUGCAAAAACGGCACCAUGAUAUGCAACAGAAAAACCUGUCCUGUACUCGAUUGUCCGCCUAUCUACCAAAAAUUACCGCCGAAUAGUUGUUGUAAGGAAUGUCGAAAUCUAGAGGAACUCGAAUCUUACGAAGAAAGAACCCUGCAGUGCACGUUCCACGGUCAAACGCUUGAAGAAGAUGAGGUGAAAGAGUUAGAUGAUUGCACAAUGUGUAAAUGCAGCGGGGGGCUCAUCACUUGCGAUAGAAUUAUGUGUAACGAAAGUAUGGAGUGCCCAUUUGGAUCGUUUAAAGUUCACGAACCUAAGGAAUGUUGUUCUAAAUGCAUUGAAAAACCCGGCACAUGUGUAGUUUUUGGCGAUCCUCACUACAAGACAUUCGACGGCCAAUUUUAUACUUUUAAAGGAAACGGAAAAUAUCAAUUAACAGCUGACUGUAAAGAUCAUAGCUUUUCGAUACGUGUGGCGAACGCUUAUCAAACAAAAUCAAGCAGUUCAGCCACUACAAAACGAGUAUCCAUAAAAGUUUCUGGUUUACGAAUCAAUUUAGGCCAAAAGCUUGUAGCUAAAAUAGAUGGUGUAAAAAUCCCGUUCCCGUACGAAAAGGAUAAAGUUGUAAUCGACAAGCUUAACGAUACAUUGCAGCUGCGAUUACGCGACGAGAUAAAGAUUGUAUGGAAUGGAAGAAGUUUUUUGGAAGUUACCGUACCUCCAAGGUACAAGAAUAAGCUUUGUGGAUUAUGUGGAAAUUUCAACGUAAACUCACAAGAUGAUCUAAAAGAUCGUAGAGGACGUAAUUUUUCCGAACAUGCUAUUCAACACUUUGGAAACGCCUGGUGCGUAGGGAAAAGUUGUUCUAAUCACGCCCAUCAACCGAAAACCUGCACAAACAAGCGAAAACAUGAUAGAAAAUAUUGCGAUUUCUUUAACAGCUCGAGUAGCUUCGAAAGAUGCCGCACCAAAAACAAUUUGGAACAAUUUUAUAGCGCUUGUUUAAUGGAUAUGUGUGAUUGUCCGGAUGGUAAAUGUUACUGUGAAAGUCUUAUGGCCUACGCUCAAGAAUGCAAGAGGUUAAAUAUCGACGUUAGUGGUUGGCAGAAAGCGUGUAAUUGUGAAUCUUUUAAUAGAACCCAACGAAAAUUUAUGCAAAAACGACCACGGAAAAAUCAUAAAUUAAAUCAUUUGUUAAACACGAUAAAAAGUAAAAAGCAAUUUAGCAAUAGCAAUAUUACUUACGCCCGGUAUUUUCCAAAUAAAGUCAGGAACAGUAAAAUGAUUCCAUUAUCACCUGAGUAGAUCCACCCUCAAAAAAAAAACCUAGUCAAAAAAAAAAAUAAAUAAUUAAAAAAAAAUAAAUAGACAGUAUUUUAUUAGGUGUUAAUACGUAGUAGUUGAUGACGAAAAUGAUGUGCUAUAUAUAUAUUAGUAUGUAUAAAAUCGUCGAAACAAUCGCAAGGGAAAGAAAAAAAGUAUUACAUUAACGUGACCAAACAUUGUUUUCUCUUUUAAGUAUAUUAUACCGGCGCGAUCUUUUUACCAUUUGUCGUUUUGUUUUAGAUUUAAGUUGUAAUCCAAAUCAGCUAACGUCACGGUUUUUAAAACUGACCACCUCUGAACUAACUAACCCCUUAUUGUGUUAAUCAUUAAUACGACUUUUGUAUUAUAAAGAAACGAAAAAAAAAGCGUGAUCUUACAAAAUCGAUUAUAUAUCUUUCAUAAGAGAUCUCAAAUAGGCUACAGGGUGUUAGAAAAAAAAAUCGAAAUUAAAUAUAUGUGUAGUUUGUUUUUUUAUAGAUUUGCGGAUUUAACUAGUAAUUUUUAACGAAACAACGAAAAGAAGUAAUAUAUGCCCAUAGAUUUAAUUUAUUUAUUUGUUUGUGUACUUACUUAAUCGGUAAGUUUUAGUGAAAUUGUUUUAUUUUAUUUUUUAUAAAUUUUUAGGUGAAAAAUCUUUAUAUUAUUAUGUGUACCGCCCGAACAAAUUGUAUAUAAAUAUUAAAGAAAAAAUCUCCGCACAGAGGACGUUAUCUAAUAGUAUUCUCUCUUUGUUAAUAGAUGUAGAAAGAUGGUAGAUCCAUUUUAUUGUAGAAAAUUGAACAUUGUUGUUGCUUAUACUUAGUACACGGCACCAUAAUUAAUAUAGCGAUUAUUGUAAUUUACUAAUAACACUUUAAAGGGAUUAUUACCAAAGAUACUAAUGCAUUUGUUCUCAAUAAUGUAAUCGAAUUACGGAUAUUAUGUAAUUAAUUAAAAAUUUAUACUGAUUGGAAAUUGUUUUUUUUUAAACAAUUUGGUUGUACAUACGUUUUAGUAUAUCUCUAUAUGUUAAUUUAAAUAUGUCGAUCUCUCACUGUAAUUUUGCAUUUAUAUUAAACAUGUAAAAAUAAUAUUGAAUCUGUUUUAGAUGAAAGAAAGAGUUUAUAGUUAAAAUAGUUCCUAGCUACAUAAAUACUUCUUAUUAGAGCUAAUUUUUCUUGACCUUUCUAAUUUCUUUUUAUGAAAAAAAAAUCUCAAUCGCUUACUUAAAGUGUACUUUGAUUGUAGAGCAAAUUGUGUUACUAUUUAUUUAUGUUUCUAUUCUAUCAGAAUCACCGCUUAGAUAAUUAUUGUUAAGUAUAACACUGUGUAUAUAAAUUAUUGAUGUAUGCUGUUGAUUAUAUUUUUCUCUUUGUAUUUCUUUUCUACUGCUAAUUACCAUCCGCAGUGAACACGAUUAAAUGAAUGUACUCUAGAUUGUUAAACUGUGUGUUUCCACUUAAUAUAAACUUACAAUAAAGUUUAAAUCAAGUACAA